UUUGCCUACGAACGACUUCGGUCCUGAUUUUUAGUGUUAAUUUUCCAGGAUUUACUGUCGAAAGAACCUUCUUGAAACAUGGACGGUAAUUACCCACCGGGUUUCUACUGCCCAGAAAGAAACCAACAAGAAAGACAUUCCCAACAACAUCAACAACAUGUUACUCCCUACCCUAUGGAUCUACCUUAUCACCCAACCUCACAACAUCAGCCUGAGUUUGCUGUAGAUCAACCUCUUCGACCAUUCCCUGCUCCACACACUGGCCCUGGGCUUUCCAUGCUGAGUUCAAUAUACCAUGAUUCAUCUCCAGUGCUUCCAAACCCAAACACCGUGCAUCCAGCUCACCAUCAACUGCCUGCCACUAUCAGAGAUCAGAGGGUCAAAUCAACGACCCAGCCAGCAAGCUACGCACCACUCCUCACAACUCAUCCUCCACACUGUGAAAACAUCACACAAGGCCAGCAACCCAUUCCACCAGCUCCGUCCAAACGACUUCCAGCGAAAGAAUCGAUAAAGGACAGUGAAAUCCCGUCAUCUCAACAGAACACUCAUGCUCCCGCUCCGAACAGCUCCAACACGUCCAACAAUGAGCCUUCCAUCCUGGCGGCACUCAACCUCAAGAAGAACAGAAAGAUAUCCUCAAGUCCAGAACUUCCUCAGGGUCUGUCGUAUAAGUGGUCGGUAGAUGGCAAGGUUGAAGGUGUCCUGGCCAAAGGGACUGUGGAGAAGGGGUCCGAGUUUGGCCCUUACACCGGGUCUCUGAUGAAUGAAGAGCAGGGUUUAGCUAAAGAUUCUACAUGGGAGAUCUGCAUCUCUGGUCAAGUAUUCUUCUACCUCGAUGGACGCAAAACCUGGAUGUCUCAAGUAAGAUGUGCACAGAGUGAAGAAGAACAGAAUCUUGAAGCCUAUCAAUUCUAUGGUGAAAUCUACUUCAGAAACACAAAGGUCAUUGAACCAGGAAGUGAACUCAAGGUCUUCUACAAUGCAGAAUACGCCAAGCGUGUUGGAAUCCAUACUAAAUUGAAUGAACUCACUUUCAACCAGGAUACACAAAAGUUCCAAUGUACCUUGUGUGAGGACCAGUUCUCAUCUGCCAAACUGAUCCUAAGACAUAUGCGAUGUGAACAUUCCCAGGAUAGAUUGGAAGAACUCUACCCAGUGCUCAUGUGGAAGAGGAAAAAGAGUAAGAAGCCAUUGGAAACUGAUAUUCCUACCCAAGAAGAUUUGACAGUAGAGACCCAAGUGAACAAAGAGGGAGAACUUGUAUACCAGUGUGGAACAUGUGAGAAGUCAUUCUCUUGCCUUGGUAAACUAAAGGAGCAUGAGUCUUUUCAUAAAUUCAGUAAGGGUCAUACUUGUCCGAUAUGUGACAAGAAAGAGAUCAAUUCUCGGACCCUCGCAAAACACAUGAAGACGCAUGAACCCCUUGUGCUCAAAUGCAAUGAAUGCAAUCGUACGUAUAAAACAAGAGCGGGGCUACGCAAGCAUCGAAAUGAAUUUCAUGGUCAUCAAUGCAAAGUCUGCUUUGAGACGUUCCCGUAUAAAGCAGAUUUCAAGAAGCAUGAACAAACACACAAGGCUUCCUCCAAGAAUGGACCACACACGGGAAAGAAGCUGAUAGAUGCUGCAAUGCCUGAAGAACCUAAGGAUAUGCUUGGUAAAACCACCAACUACUACCUUCGGCCAUUCAAGUGUCGCUAUUGUCCAAAGAGAUACAGCUUGCGCAGUAGUGUCAGGACUCAUGAAAAGGAGCAGCACACUGGCGAUGUUGUUUUCAAGUGUCCUCAUUGUCCAAAGAUUUUCGGAAACGAGUAUCGGCUGAUAGAUCAUCUACGUAGCCAUGAAGAGAAUCGUAUGUAUCGUUGCACGCUCUGUCCUAAGACCUUUGGAUCGGAGAGCGCCCUCAACAAUCAUCAGGGAGAACACAACGGACUGAAACCAUUUUCAUGUGACAUCUGCGGCAGAGGUUUCAGAAUCAAGAAAGCUGUCCAAGAUCACAAGCGACGUAUUCAUCGGACGCAGAAGAUGCGCUUCUUCUGUUCAGUCUGUAAUAAGGGGUUUGCUGAUAAAGGGAACUUUACAAAACAUGAGCGUCGCCACAAAGGUGUUCGACCCUAUGUUUGCUUGCAGUGCGGUAAAGGUUUCACAGCAAAGCAUGUUCUCAAUACUCAUAUAAAAGCAAUGCAUACAGAGAAAAAGGAUUUUUCGUGCAAUAUUUGUGGGAAAACGUUCUCUUUGAAUCAGAACUAUACUUACCAUAUGUUUAGACAUAAAGAACAGGGAGAUAUCAGUAGCAAACAGACAUGAAGGGCUGUAAGAAUUUGACAGCUAACAGUAACAGAAUUCUAUAAAUGGGCAUAGAAAUUAGUGCUGCACAGUUACAUGUCCAUUGAAAAAAAAUUAUGUUUUCCAGUCUUGUUGACGUACAUAAGAUAUAAACCUGUGCACCUCAUUGAUUGAUCAUAAUUGAUCCAUGGACCUAUGAGAAAUGGACAUUCAUGGAUUACUGCUGUACUUUGGCAAAAGGAAGCAAGUUACAAAAGUAUCAUUUGUUGUAAACGAGCAAUGUGUGUUUGUCAUUUACAUAGGCAUUAAUGCAAUUUAAGAGCAUAUUUCAUUCGAUAUCUUUCCAUAGAACUAUCAUUUCUUCCCCAAAUUUUGUCUGAAUGCGCAACAUACAAAGGGUGUUUCAGAAACAACAAUAACUCAAACUUGACUGAUGUGUCACUUGCUUCCUUUUACCAAAGUAGGGCAGAUUAGUUAAUGAAAUUCACUAACAUGUGAAUAUCAUCAUCAUCUGAAUAACAUUCUCUUUAUAUUUAUCUACUCUGAUCUUGUCAUGGUUGCUGUCAAUUCUAAUCAAUUCUAAUCACUCGUAAUGGUUUGGCUAUCUUUUACAGUGUAAAAUAUGACGGUUAAACUUUUGCCAUCCUUCGCCUAUCUUUUAUGUGCCAUGUGUAAAAAUUCAUUACUUAGCAUCUUGCAGAAUAAAUAUAAAAGAAAAUUUAGUGAUAUAUUCAGUCAUUCCAUUUCUCAGAUACAUGUAUGUAUAUGGAGCAUGCUGAUAAGACAAGAAAGAAUUGCUGAUUUGGUCUUCCUUAUACCAUGUUUGUUUAAGGUAAACAAUGAUUGCAAAUUUAAAAGUUAUUUUUUAUUGUUUUUCAUAGGUUUCAUUGGUGUAACUAUUAACUAGACCAAUAAUAUGUUGCAAAAGUAAGUCAUAUACAAUCAGUUACAAAUUUCAUUUGUAAUUAUACUUUUUAUUGAACAAUGUUAAGUAUAGCAAAUCAAUUUAUUUCUUUUAUUGCAAGAUGCAUGAAGAUGUUAUUUGCAAUCAACUACAAAAUAAAAUUGCGAUUUUAUUAUCUGAUGAAUCAAUAUUUUUAUUGCAAAUCAAUUCAUAUUUUCUGUUGCAAAUAGCAGACAUGCAAUGAGUUGCAAAUUUACACUCGUUUGUAAGAUUUGUAUAAUAAUUUACUUGCAAUUAGUUGCAAGUAUCUUGAAAUGCCUCUUGGGGGCCGUUUUCAUGAAAGCCUCAUAUUUCCAGCUCGACACCAUCUCUAUGGGAAGCCAAAAAAGAAAACAGACUGAUUAGACACAAGGAAACUUACGACUGUUGAAUCCGUUUACAGACGAUAAUUGUCCAGCUUGGUUUUCUAUAAACAAAGAUAGAUUUUUGGUGCUUUCAUCAUGAAAUGUGCAGUUGAUCCCUUUUAUAAGGUAUGAAUUGAAUUUUACAUAAUUUUUCUUUCAACUCAGUUUUCAAUGACAAGCACUCAUUCAUAUUGUACAUCUCAUUUUUAAAUGUUUAUUCCUGUCUGAUUAAUUUACUUCACAUUAAAUGUGUAUUGUUUUUGUUUUGUUGGUUAGUGAAAUGGAGCUGAUAAUAUUUUCAAUAAUUUUAUGUAGAAAAUUGUGCUAAAUAUUGUGUAAAAACCUACUAUUUUUGGUCUUUUAUGAUGGAAAGAAUAUGUCAUUCAAAUGGAAAUAAAGCAUGUAAAGAUGACUUUAUUUUAUUUUUUUUUGCUUGUCAAUUUUUUUUUUGGGUGGAAAUGACCUGACAUUUAUGGUGAUAACCUUCUUUUUUGUUGGGGGGGGGCUUGUCAAUUUUUCCAGUCCCUGGUCCCCCUCCCUACCUUUGUGGAGAGAUUUCCACCCUUGUAGAGUGGUGACAUUCACAGGGAGUGGUACAUGUACAUUUUGAAUAAAUGAAAUUUUCCAUUUAACUGCCAUUAACAAAUCUGAAACAAAGGAGAGACACAUCUUAUGUACUACUUUUUGGGGGUAGGAUAACUGGGAUCAUAACUGAAAGUCUCAAAUCUUGUUGUCAAAGGAAUUAGCAGAUGGGCUAUUCACACCGGAUAUAUAUUUUCUUAACUCUUGGAAUGAUCUCUUGCAUUUACAUAUGUGCACAUAAAGUAUGUACAUGAAAAAUUUAAGUCAUGUAUUCUUUUAGAAUGUUUUAAGUAUGUUUCUUAUAUUGUUUCUACAUAUGUGAGAAAAAUAUAUAAAAAAAUUAUUUCGUUAUUAGAAUAAAUAUAACAAUGCAUUACAAUUCGUAC